UCCAAGGAGUGGCUCCGCUGCCCGCUGCCGUUCACCCCUCUCUAUUCUACUCGCCAGUCCCGCGGCGUGUACCGCACUGCUCUCUCGCUUAUUGUCCCGCUCUUGCACUCAAGAUUUCCUCACACUGACAUUAGGACGACAGGAAGACGGCUAGCGAGGAAAUAGGAACCGAGACAAGAUAGCAAAGGGCUGGGCAAAAAGGAGGCUACAGCAGCACUACAAGUGGAGCUUCAGCCUUCUGGAAAGCCAAGGCUUUCCAUGCUAGACUCGCUCCUAAAGCCUCGUGGCGCAGUCGCUUCAAAAGCUCAGAUCAUAGCAGGACAGCUUCGCCAGAGCGUGGAUUUCCAGUACCACCCUCAAGCCUCUAUACCAUCUGCUCUCAUCCAGUCACCUAGGAGCACAUCAGUACGACCUUCUCCAUGGCCGAGAGACCUUCAUCUUCCACUCUGAGCCGGAGCGAGGCAGGUGGACAGUCGAGGCAAGCACGAGGUAGCAGGACCGCUCAUCCGGGCUCAGCAAGUGCAAGUCCCUCUCGCCGCGCCGAUGUAGCUAGCCGCAACUUGCUCGUACAGAGCGCUCGAGAGGCUCAGAAGCCCAGGCUAUCGAGAAUGUCCUUCUUCCGAGAUGCCCUCCGCCUAGGCAGCUCCUGCCUCCCGCGUAUCCUCCCUUCCGUCCUAGGCAUCAUCCUCUGGUCCGCCUUAAUCUACAUAUCCGACCACUUCUUCGGGCGUCAAUGGUUCUCCUCUGCCUCUGUCGCCGCACCAUUUUCGGUAGUAGUAGGAUUGCUCCUCGUGUUUCGCAAUAGUACAUCGUAUGAUCGAUGGUAUGAAGCCAGAAAGGUUUGGGCAUCGGCUACGGCUGAUGCGGGAUGGCUGGCAAGAUACCUUUGGGCUAAUGUACAAGUGGAUGUCAUCGGACCGGAGCCGACGGCAGGAGCUAGUGCGGGGAGCAGAGCAGCGAGUCAAGGAAGUGGUGGAGAAGGAGGAGGAGGAGGAGGGGGAGAGGGUCGAUCACAUUCGGUCAUGUCACCUCAUGCUCCGGACAACAUGAGCCACCACAGGAUCCGAACUCCGUCGAUGCUCUUCGAUACCAUCUACGACGUCAGCUCCUCGAGCGAAGGACCGGCAAGACCAAUCAGCACAGUAAGCACCAGCUCCACGGGCGCUUCACACUACGGUUCAACAGCGCCAGCCGGCCAAACAAGGGGUCAAGCAGAGGGAGCUACUGGCCCAUCUGCGCCUCCUCCGACUCGAGAGCCCAACUCACCUCGCACUGCCUCGGUACAAGACAUUGCUCGACGCACAGAAAAGAAGCGGAGGGCGAUCCGACUGCUCGUCCUCUUUAUGCAGAGUGUCGCACAUGAGCUCAGGAGAGAAGAGGGGAUAGACUGGGCAGACUACCAAGGUCUUCUUCCCGAGGACAUGAGAGCCUUUUGGACUGCACUGCCUGAAGAGGACGACAAGAGUGAUGAUGAAGAGCCGGCGCAACGAGCGGGUGAUCAGGAGAUUGGCAGUCAAGGGACUCGCUCACCUUCAGAAGCUGUUGGGCGUGGCGGCAGCGGCAGCGGCGAUGAAGACGUGGCGGUCCCAGCUACCUGGCCCUUCUUCUCCUGGUUUACCGCUUGGAGGAGUCAGAAAGUUGACGGGGUGCAAGAAGACGCCAACGAUGAGACGAGUCCGCUACUCCCCACACAUGCGCAAGUAAGCGGAUCUUCAAGGGCGACAGUGUUGGCGACGACCUUCCCUGCCAGCCCCAUCAGCCCAGCAACCCGCGCAGGUCUAACCCUCUCCACUCACACCCUCUACGAACUCGGUCGCUACAUUGCCUCAGCCCGGAAAGCAGGCAUGCUCAAUGAUGCCGGACCCGCUGGAACCUCCCUCGCAAAUGGCAUCCUGCACUCUCUCUCCCUCUCCCGUUCCUCCCUAGAUCGAAUCGCCCACACGGCCAUUCCCCUCGUAUACGGUAUUCAUCUCAAGCAAUGUACCCUCCUCUACCUUCUCGCUUUACCUCUUACCCUCGUCUCUGAACUCGGAUGGAAAUCAGUCCCUUUUACAGGAUUAGUGGCAAUUACUCUAUUGGGAUUAGAGGGGAUCAGUAGUGAAGUAGAGAUGCCCUUUGGAGAUGAUCAGAGCGAUCAUAAUCUUGCGCUUUGGUGCGCGCAAUUUAGAGUGGAGAUUGAAGGCAUCUUGGAGGGAUUGGAAGAAGGGGCGGAUGUGGGAUUGUGCUUGUAGAGCCCUGCAAGGGGGGGUUUGGGCUGGGGAGGCCCUAGUGGUGUUUUCGAUGUAUGUGCGCGUUUCUCUCUUCUCGAUGUGGCUACCUACCUAUAUAUACCUGCUAUCCACUCUUUCUCAUUCAGACCUUCCUGUUCAUAUCCCUUUGACAACAACCAUCAAUACUCUUGAUAAAUAACACUGUCAAUCUUUUCUUACCCGCCUUCAAUGGCAUCGCAUCGCAUUGCCUCGCCUCGCAAGUUGUAUGUAAUGAUCGCAUAGUAUUGCAGGGAAUUGAGUCGAGACCGUGAUGUAGAUAGAGACAGAGAGAGGAGGAGAGAGACAUACACACACAUACUCAGAAAGGUAGAUGUGAAUAGAACAGGUCAGAAGUGAUGGAGCUCCUCCAAAGACGAUGAACAGGAAAAGAAAGAAAGGAAGGAAGGAGGGAAGGAAGCAAUGUUCCGAGAUUGGGCGGAGAUGCCUUGUACGAAUCUUC